GAAGGUGAAACUUCAAUCUUUUUGGUGGCUGAAAUCGCGUUAUGUGUUAUUUAACUUUAAUUACCAGUUUUGGCGACUACAUCCCUUUAACUGUAGUUCGUCCGUUAUGUAACUGUGUAUGUUUUGUAUUUCCGUUUCAGUACCUGCUCUAUAACUAUGUAAACACUUUUCCAGCUCCUGACAGGUACAUCUUGUGCUUCCAGGACUGAUAGUUGAUCUAAUAUAUAUAUUUUCUAGUUUCUUCAAAAAAAAAAAAAAGAUCCAUAUUAACCAAAAAAUAAUUAUAUAUUAUAAUUAUGUCGGUGGAGUAAGUUGCAUUGAUUUAUAAAAAAAGAAAAAGAGUUGCAUUAUUUUAUUUUUCAAAUAAAAUAAACACUUGAUCAAUUUCUUCCAUUCUCUCUCUCUCUCUCUCUUUCCAUUGUAAUCACAAUCAAGAUCAUAUCUUGAUAACCAAUUCUGUGAAAUCAAUGGUCGUUUUCUCUGUAAAACCCUUAUUCACCAUCUUUGUCGUUUCACUCACUCUCCUUGUCGUUUUCACAUUGCUAUCUCCUCAUUACCCUUUUUCCCUCAAUCCAAUUUCUCGAGAACCCUCACUAGGGGAGGUUGAUAUAUGGAGUGUUCGGAGACUCAUGGAAUGGAGACCUUGCAAGUGGUGGCUACAAGGGCAUCUAACAGCUCUACCAUUGGAAACCAAUGGAUAUAUCAGAGUGGAUUGCUACGGAGGCCUCAAUCAGAUGCGAAGAGAUUUUUGUGAUGGUGUGGGCGUCGCUCGGCUAUUAAAUGCAACACUUGUCCUGCCAAAGUUUGAAGUGGCUUCAUAUUGGAAUGAAUCAAGUGGUUUUGCGGAUGUAUAUGAUUUAGACUACUUCAUUCAACACAUGAAUGGUUUUGUCAAAGUUGUCAAAACAUUACCUCCGGAGAUUGCAACAAAAGAACCUGUUCCAGUGGACUGUAGCAAAAGGAAAGGCCAAUUUGAUUAUGUUGAAAGUGUUCUCCCAUCUCUUCUAAAACACAAAUACAUUUCAAUCACACCAGCAAUGUCCCAAAGAAGGGACAGAUACCCUUUGUAUGCAAAAGCUGCUCUGUGUCAAGCUUGUUACAAGGCAUUACGUCUUGCCAAACCCUUGGAAACGAAAGCCUCUAAGCUUCUAGAUGCAAUACCUAAACCUUUUUUGUCACUCCAUCUUCGUUUUGAGCCGGACAUGGUUGCAUACAGCCAAUGCCAAUACCCCGGUCUUUCACCUGCUUCCAUCAAAGCUGUAGAAGCAGCCGUAGCAUUAGUGGAGAGAAAACCAUGGACUGGAGAGUUAGCCCGCGUUUGGAGACAGCGCGGGAAAUGUCCCCUCACACCUAACGAGACAGCUUUAAUACUUCAAUCUCUUUCCAUUCCACCGACCACAAAUAUAUAUCUUGCGGCUGGAGAUGGUCUGAUGGAAAUCGAAGGAUUAACCAAUAUUUACACUAACAUCUUCACCAAGUCUAGCCUUCUCAAUGAAGAAGAUUUCACAAGCAUGCAUGGCAAUACAAAAGCUGCAUUGGAUUAUUAUAUAUCUAUUAAUAGUGAUUCUUAUAUAGCUACAUAUUUUGGGAACAUGGACAAGAUGGUUGCAGCAAUGAGAGCUUUCACAGGGUUGUACAAAACACUAUUUUUGAGCAGAAGAGGAUUUGCUGAAUUAACCUCACAAGGUCUGAGGGGAAAAGAGUUGAUGCAAGCCCUAUGGAAGGUUCACAGAGACGAGUUUGUCGCGGGAAGAGGCUCCGCUCUUCCCGAGUGUUAUUGUGAAUUCAAGUUGUGAUUUUGUAUCUUAGAUUCAUCAUUUUUUUUUUUUACCUAUUUAUUAAUUUAAUUUUCAGUGUUAAGUUCUAGUAUUUCACUUUUCAGAAAGGCACUCCUUAUAUUGUAGUUCCUCUAAAUUGAGCAAUUUCUUUGAAGGUUGGAGUUAGUAAUCUCAACUAUUCAUCAAUAAA